UUUGAAACAGCUCAGUUCACUGGAAGAUGUCUGAGUGAUCGGAGGACGCCUUCUAACUUAGUUUUUGUUAAAUUAUUUUUUUAUUUUUAACUAAAUGACCUUCGAUUUUUGAAGUUUAGUUGUGUUUUUAGUGUUGUGUUAUUUUUAAAAAAGGAACAAUGCGUGUCCUCAUAGCGGCAGCAUUCCUGAUGCUGGCCAGAGCACAGUCGACCAUUGAUCCGAAUAUACUGGCUGGCAUCUUCGGAACACCCCCAACACCGGCCCCCAAUUACGGGGGCUCUACUACACAGAGACUUGAAGAUGUAGACCAAGAGACCAGGAUGAAAGCACAAACAAACGGUCAUCCUACUCUAAAGACCUCGGUUCUGGUGGAGAUCUUCGGAACUCCUCCCCCCCCACCUCUCGGCCCCGGGACGAAACGUAACGAAGACAUAACAGUAAAACCGACUGAAGGGCCGACCACACACGUAGAUGAGAACGGCAAAAGUUGUCAAUGUGUCCCCUACUAUUUGUGUGACGCGAACAACGUGGGAGUCGAUGUGAACAACGCUAGUGUCACUGGAUGGGGCGUUUUGGAUAUUAGGUUCGGAGAAGAUGACAACCAGCGCCAAUGUCAGGAGAGUGUGGAAGUAUGCUGCUCAGUCCCCAGAGACCCCGCUGAUGUGCCCAAGCCUGACCCCAAGCCUAAACCUGGUCAUCCUCUGGGCUGUGGUUACCGCAACCCUAAGGGAUUGGGUGGGAUCACUAUUACUGGUAAUACUGGUGGUGAGACCCAAUUCGGCGAGUUUCCCUGGGUGGUGGCGGUGAUGAGUCAGAACGGGUCCUACGCUGGAGUCGGCGUGUUGAUACACCCUCAAGUUGUGAUGACGGCCGCCCAUAUUGCUUUCAAGUUUGGAUCCAAUUUGAUACAAAAUCUAAAGAUCAGAGCUGGUGAAUGGGACACACAGACAACUAAGGAAAUAUACCCAUUCCAAGAGAGAACCGUACAAGACUAUUAUAUUAAUGAAAAUUUCAUGCCAAAAAGCCUGAAGAAUGACGUUGCCCUGUUACUACUGGAGUCGCCAGUGGAAAUAUCAGAACACAUCAACGUCAUCUGCAUGCCUGAACAAGAUGAAGUCUUUGACAGUCAUAAGAACUGUGUGGCUAAUGGGUGGGGGAAGAGUCAUUUUGAACUCCACGACCGUUACGCCGUGAUCCUCAAGAAGGUGGAAGUCGACAUGGUACCGAACACCAGGUGUAACGCUCUGCUGAAGAGGACCAGGCUGGGACAUAACUUCCAGCUUCAUAGGAGCUUUGUUUGCGCUGGGGGGGAGGAGGGGAAGGAUACUUGUCAGGGUGACGGUGGCGCCCCCCUAGCCUGCCCUAUCGGCAACAACAGAUACAAAUUAACAGGCCUAGUAGCCUGGGGUAUCGGCUGUGGCCAGAAGGAUGUACCAGCGGUCUACGUCAAUGUACCACUCUUCAGAUCCUGGGUCGACGAUAAAAUGGCCCGCUGGGGUAUGGAAGCUACCUCUUACAGGAUAUCAAAUGUAGACUAAAAUAUGUAGUAUUAUUUUCGAGAAAAAACUAAACGCUGUUUAAAAAAAAUGUUUGACGUUUGAAUUCUAUAGACACACCGAUCCAUCCUGUAUUUUGACAUUAUAUCGGUGUGUCGUACCUAAUCACAUUAAAUUAAAUACGUUAACAUUAUGUUGAUUAGCAGAAAGGAAAAAAUAAAAUUUUCAAACAAAGUAAAUAGAAAGAAAUGUGCGAGAAUUAGAACACCAUGUAAGAGUCAGUCAUUACAAACAACUGAAAUUCUCCAUUGAAAACUGAUCAAAACAUUCGAUACUCUGCUUAACACAUGAUGUUGUAAAUUAUGAAAACGAAAAAUGACUCCUGUGGCUAAACCACUGAAUGGAUUAGGUUAAUUUUUUUACAAUUCGCCAUAGAAUAUCAUAAAGUAUAUGUGAUAGGAUUUAAUGUGAUUAGGUACGACACACCCGAUAUAGCUUCAUAUAAAUUAUGACUUUCAAUUUCUAAUCGAAAAAUUAUGGAUGGAUCGGUUACUGAUUUGCAGUUAGGAAAAGAAUGACAAUAAUAUAAUAUAAGCCGAGACAUGAGAUUAUAUUAUAAGAGAAUAUAACUGAGACGUUCUUCUAGGCAUUUAAGUAAAUAUUAAUAAUCUUGAUAUGACUUUUUAGUCAUAAAAUUAAGUUUAGAAAUAAAAUCCUACUUAAAAUUCAUUAUAAAUACAAUAAUGACUUAAUUAAUUGAAUCAUUAUUUUAAGCAAUAGUUUAUUUGUUUAAAAAGUUUAUCAAGAUUAUUUACAUUUAAGUGCCUAGGUACCCAAAUGGAGUGGCACCCAACGUGGGGCCAAUUUUAUAAUAUUUUUUGUAUUUUUUCAUGUCCUUUAGACGCAUUUUCAAAUAAAGUUUUGUUUUGACAUAAUAUUAAGUAAAAAUGCUCAAAUAUUUAUCUACUAAACUAUGUAACAGUCAUGUUUUUUUUUACGAAUUUUGACAUUAAAUAAGAUAUUUUUUAAAACUUA